UUGUCGGAAGUUACGUGUUUGGUGAUGUUGAAUACCGCCGAAAACGUGGCAACAAAACUGAGCGCUGUUGGAAUUUUUUUAAUAAAAACGCCAGAUCAGUCAUUCACUCAACUAAGUACUAAUAUAAUAUAUAUUUUCAAUACCCUAAGUUUAUCCACGUCUAGCAGAAUGAAGUUUCAAAUUUUUUACACAGCCAUUGCCACUUUAUUGGUGACAAUUUGUGCUGAAGAAGAGCAGCAGCAGCCAGAAGCUGCGCGGUUACUGGUGUCAAAAUAUAUCCUUAAUAAAUAUCUUGUAGAAAAUAUGGACAUCAUUGUUAAGUACAUAGUGUACAAUGUUGGUAGUGUAGCCGCACUGGAAGUUGAAAUAACAGAUAACUCAUUCCAUCCUGAUCACUUUAAUCAUGUUAGUGGUGAAUUAAAUGCUAGAAUCGAUCGUGUACCACCUGGCAGUAACGUGUCUCAUACUGUCGUUGUCAAGCCAAGGAAAUUUGGAUAUUUCAAUUUCACCUCUGCAGAAGUUUUGUACAGACGUACUGAAGAUGCCCCAAGGCUUCAAGUUGCAGUAAGCAGCACCCCUGGAGAAGGUCUCAUUGUAUCUUACAGAGAUUACGCAAAGAAAUUCUCAUCCCAUGUUAUUGAUUGGAUUGCAUUUGCCGUUAUGACAUUACCUUCAUUAGCAAUUCCAUUUGCUCUCUGGUAUUCAAGCAAAAGAAAGUAUGAAAAAAUCUCAAAAAGUGCUAAGAAACACUAAAAUCCAUUCAUUGUAUAGAACUCAUACAGUUAAAGAUCAAUCAAGUUUGUAAUUAAAUCAUUUUUUAACUGGCAUGGUUGUGAUAUGCGUGAAUGUUUUAUUUUUUUUUUUUUUUAAUAAAAAUUUAUUUAUAAUUAAUUAUUGAAAGUUUUUAUCAUUUUUUAUUUUAUAGCGUAAGAAUGUACAACAAUACAUAUAUUUAAGGAAUAUAACUAUACAUGCACUCGACUUAAGUAUGUAAGUUUAAUUAAAUCAGUCAAUACAAAUUUCAUACUUGUCA